AUGAAUGAACGACUUUUUCGCCUACCAUUUGAAUCAAACGAUGAUGAGCUUGGCCCGUGGGAUGUUUUGCUCAGUAGUGAUGCAAUUGCAGAUAUGAAAAAAUUAGAGCCCCUUGCAAUCAAAGCAGUCAUGGAGAAACUCAUGCAAAUAUCAAGCGGAAAAUGGAAUAAGUAUGGACUGCAACAUACUGUACAAUCUUGCAUUGUACCUGUUUAUGAGGUGGAACUUCCAGAUUAUGGUGGCUUGAAGAUUCUCUGGCAAGUUGAUUAUGGAUUUUCUAUUCGUAGAAAUUCACUCAUGCAACAUGUGGCAAUUUGGACAGUCACCGUAAACCAAGAGCAAAUCAACGAAAUAUUAGAAAAUGUUUCAUUACUUCAUCAAGUCUACACUCCUGAGCAUAAAUGCUGGUGCACAUUGCAACAACAGAUUGGCAAAGGUAAUAUCAUUUUACCAAAAUCAUCCUUUGGAGAUGAAGAAACAACAAAAUCUACCCAGAGCAGAUUGAUGAAGAACCAAACAGAUGAUGAAAAUUUGUUGAAGGUCCAUGAAAUGCUUACCACAAAUAAAUUUGUUCCAUUAUCAAAGAAUUUAUUUAGGUCACUUGUCAGGGGUGGUACUAAAUUUACUUUUCAGGUAUCUAAGCUUGAGUAUGAAAUUAUUAACCAUCCUUCAUCAGCAAUUGUCAUUGGUCGUUCUGGAACUGGAAAAACCACAUGUAUUGAGUUUAGACUUCUUGGUUCAUAUUGGGCAAGUCAACUCAAUCAGAUGUCAUCUUCAAAUGACAAUAAUUCUAAUUCUCACAAAAGGCAAAUAUUCAUUACAUUGAGUAAACGCCUAUGCUGUAAAGUAAAAGAUGAUUUCAAUGAACGGUUAGAAGCAGCAGAAUCUGGUAAUGAAAAGAUGACUGAGGCUCAAUUUAAUGAGUAUGCAAAAAGAAAAGUUUGUAGCAAUAUUGAUAUGAAAAAUGUGACAAAACAGGGAAAGGGAAAUAUUGUGGAUUAUACUCCAAACUCAUUCAGUGAGCUUGAAGAUGGCCAUUUUCCAUUGAUAAUUACAUAUGAAACAUUCAUUAAAAUGCUUCUGAGAACUUAUGGCAUUAAUCUAUUGAAUCCAACCAAAAAACCAAAUUUUGAUACAGAUGACUAUGUCUCAGAUGCAUCAUGUAAACAUUUUGUAGACUACAGACUCUUUGCAAAAAAAUAUUGGUGUCAUUUCAAUGAUUAUUAUAGAAAGAACUUUGAUUGUGGGCUGGUUUUCUCUGAAUUUUCUAUCAUUAAGGGCUUUAAUCCAGAGGGUGAAUAUCUAUCAAGAGAAGAUUAUCAAGUCAUUAGCACUAAAAAAUUUCCUGCAUUUUGCUACAAUCGUGAUGAAAUUUAUGAUUUAUUUCUAGAAUAUGAAAAGAAGAAAGCCUGGAAUUAUGACUAUGACUCAAUAGAUCAGACAAUUGCUAUCUUAAAUCAUGCCAAGAAGGAACCACUUGAUUGUUUGCAAAUUCAUGAAGUAUAUAUUGAUGAGUGCCAGGACAACAGCAUUGUGGAUUUAGCACUUAUUUUAAAGCUCUUUGAACAUGCUGACAACAUUUUUUUUGCUGGAGAUAUAGCACAAUGUAUUUCAAAGGGAUCAUCUUUCCAAUUUCAAGAUCUGAAGGCUUUGAUAUAUAAAUGGGAACUUGAUCGAUCCAAUCGACCUAGUGUCAUAAUGCCAAAGCAGUUUGAAAUGAAUAUUAAUUAUCGUUCACACAAUGGGAUCCUUAGACUUGCUUCAUCAGUAAUUGAUCUCAUCACUCACUUUUUUCCUGAGUCCAUUGACAAGCUGCCACAUGAGUGUGGUGAAGUUGGUGGUCCUCGACCAAUUGUUUUUGAAGGAUUAGAGGAUGGGAAUGAGUCAAGUAAUAAUGGAUUUGGUGCUAGGCAGAUCAUUAUUGUACGUGAUGAAGAAGCUAAAGAGCAUUUGAAGAAAAAAAUUGGUGAAGAAUUUGGAUUGAUAUUGACUGUGUUUGAGUCCAAAGGCAUGGAGUUUGAUGAUGUAUUGUUGUAUAAUUUCUUUGCUGAUUCACCUGCAUGUUCAAAGUGGCGAGUAAUUUUCUCUGCUUUUGGCAACCAUUCAAAAGGAAUUCAAAAAUUUUAUCAUGAGAAACAUUAUAUACUUUCUUCAGAGCUUAAAAAUCUUUAUGUUGCAGUGACAAGAGCACGUCAGAAAAUUUGGAUAUAUGAUGAAAACACUGUAUCAAGGGAACCAAUUUGCAUGUAUUGGGAACACCAUGGAUUGAUCAAUAUAAUUAAGAAUGUAUAUGGAAAUGAAAACUAUGUGGACAAAGAAGAGAAAAACAUUACAUAUCAAAAGCAAUCUAAUCAGGUAAAAAUUUCUCUGUCUACUUUGGCCAAGAAAAAGAAAAGCAGUCCACAUGAAUGGGAUCAACAAGGAGAGAUUUUUUUUGAAAGACAGCAAUAUGACCAGGCUAUUUUUUGCUUCAAGAAAAGUAAAAAUAAAGAGAAUGAAGAGCUAGCAGUAGCAUAUCUUCUUCAGCAGGCCUUCAUAAAAUGUUCACUACCAAUUGAAACAGCUUCAUGCUAUCAGGAGAUCGGUAUGCAUGAAAAAGCUGGUGAUAUUUGUGUAGAGUGGAAUAAGUUCGAGCAUGCUGCUAAUUGUUAUUCUAAAGCUAAAAAAUGGGAUAAAGCUGGGAAUAAUUUUCAAAAGGUGGGGAUGUAUAAUAAAGCUUUUGUUGCCUACAAAAAUGGUGAAUUUUUUGAAAAAGUAGAAGAUUUAAUUCAUAGUUACAGACAAGAGAUUGAUGAGAAUCUUAUUAGCACUCAUUAUCGAUCUGUUGCCAGUGGACUAUGCUUAUGUGGCAAGUUUGAAGAGGCCACCAAUAUUAUUAUCAUGAAUUUGAAAGAGAUCAACUCAGAAGACAUCAAUGUGUUAAAGUGCUUUGUACACCUAUGCAGAGUCAAUGUAAUAACAAAUAUAAUGACGGAUUUAAAUGUCAAACAGGAAGUGGGUAAACUUCUUUCCAAGGCAAAUGAUUUUCUAAAGAAAUUCAAAUCUGAAUCUGAGCAAUGGAAGAGCUUGGCAAAAGAGAUUCAAUUAUAUGUAGCUUAUUUAAAUCAAGACCUCAAUAAUGUUUAUGAGUGUAUGCAAUUCUUUAAUGGUCGCAAAGAACUUGUUGCUGAAUUUUGUGCAGUAAACAUAUGUCUGCAAAUCAUUCCUCAAUCAGCAGAAUACUGGCAUGAACAAUUGCAACGUCUGUUAAGGUUAUGUGAAUUAACUUUUGAUUUUAUAGCAUCAGAUCAAAACACCAACAAUAUUGAGAAAAUUUUUUUUGUAAAUAAAGUUGGAAAUUAUUCACAUAAAUGGAAUAUAUUUUUAGGUAAUCCACUUCUUCAUGUAUGGGAUAAAAUUCAACAUAAAAUCAUGAGCUAUUGGCAUGUUUAUGAUAUGAAUAGUUUGCACAUGAAAAUGAAGCAGUUCCUUGCCUCAUAUAUCUUUGAACUCAUCUGGGAUGUUGAUCAGAAAAGUAGAUGCAUUCCAGAUGUGAGUUCUCAUAUCUGUCAAUUUCUUCCAUCCUGUCAAAAAUCAGGUUGCAAAAAUCAUCAUGUAGUCCCAACACCAUUAAUUCUGAACCAACGCUUGAAACUUGCAAGUCUUACUUAUACUAUUAUUAGACAGUUGAAUGUGAUGUACAAUCAACAUGAGCUUCUUAGAGAGGAGCAAAGUAAACAAGUUCCUGGAAUACAAAGGAGGUGGGCUGAAAAUCUGGUUAAAUUUCAUAUUCGUUAUCAAUCACCACAGGUAAGCUGCCCAGAAAUAACUCAAAUGAUGCUUUCAGAACUUCCUAAACACACACGUUCUGGUUUUAUCAGCUAUGUUCAAAAUAUAUGGAUAACUAAAGAGCUCAAGGUUGACAACUUUGCAGCCAUGCUAAAAUGCAUAUUCAUUUUGCAACAGUUGAAAUACAAACAGGGCAUUAAUAUGUUUGAUUUGGAAAUGUCAAAAACAAAAAAGCUUUCAUACCAUGAUUAUUUACCCAUUGGUUUUGAGAAGUGUGGCAAUGAUCAAGCAAUUCCAGUUGGAAAACAACUUUCAUUAUUCUUUGAAAAUCUCUAUAAAAAUAAAGUCAUUCAUGCAAUCUCAAAUGCAAAAUUGUUUAUUAAGUAUGCUUUAGACAAUGCCAAACUAGUCCAAUUGGAUGGCCCUGAUGCUUUAGGUGAUCUUGUAUCUCUUAUGGAGUUUAAACAUUCACCAUGA